GAGUCGCGGUGGGCGUGGCUAACGGAUCAGAGCAGACAAGCAUUCUGCAGCUAACGUCAACACAAACACGGACUCUGUUUCUACUGUUGUUUAAUAAACAAACGUUGCAUUUUGCUGCGCUUCUCAUAAACGAAGGGGAAUCCAGUGAGGGAAGGAGAUAUGUCCCAGGACAAGCCAGCCUACCCUAUAAUGGGGGAGAACAACCCCCUUCACAACAAUGUCUAUGGGCCCCCCAAAACUGAUGCCUUUGGAAUGCCUCCACCCAACUAUAGUCAGGGACCUGGGGCACCUCCAUAUGCGGCACCAGGACCCUAUGGCCAGCCCGGUUACGGCCAACCUCCAGCACCAGGGUUCGGCCCUGGUCCGUACCCACAGAUGCCAUAUCCACAGAUGCCAUACCCACAAGGGCCCUACGCUCAGGGGCCCUAUGCUCAGGGGCCAUACCCUCAGAGUCCAUACCAGCAGGGGCCUGGCCAGCCUGCCUUUGGUGUAGAUCCUAAUGCUUCUAUGGACAGCCCUGGAUACCACGGUGGAGACGGACCCCCAUCUUACUAUGGCAAUGAUGAGUUUGCAAACUCUGGUUGGGAAGAUAAAAGUAUCCGACAGGCCUUCAUUAGAAAGGUGUUUAUGGUCUUGACUGUGCAGCUGUUGAUCACCUUCUCUUUUGUUGCCGUUUUCACCUUUGCAACCGACGUCAAAGUGUUUGUACGGAGAAAUCAGUGGACGUACUAUGUGUCCUACGCCAUCUUCUUUGUUUCACUGAUCGUUCUCAGCUGCUGUGGAGAGUUUCGCCGCAAACACCCAUGGAACCUUGUGGCACUGUCCAUUCUGACCCUUAGUCUGUCCUAUAUGGUUGGAAUGGUUGCCAGCUACUAUGAUACAGAUGCAGUUAUCAUGGCAGUGGGCAUAACUGCGGUGGUCUGCUUCACAGUUGUGCUUUUCUCACUGCAGAGCAAAUAUGACUUCACUUCCUGCUGGGGUGUUCUUUUUGUCUGUCUGAUUGUCCUGGUCCUGGCCUCUUUCCUCUGCAUCUUCAUCCAAAACAAAAUUCUCCACAUUGUCUACGCCUCGCUCGGGGCCCUGCUGUUCACUUGUUUCCUGGCUGUGGACACCCAGCUUCUCCUGGGCAACAAGAAGUUGGCCAUUAGCCCAGAGGAAUAUGUCUAUGCAGCUCUUAACCUCUACACCGACAUCAUUAACAUCUUCCUUUACAUCCUGGCCAUUGUGGGUCGUACCAAGGAAUGAGUGCGCCCCCUACUGGGGAGAAGAGGGAAGUGCAGUACACUUUACACGGAAUGAUGUACCACCUCACAUCUCAUCACCUUUCCUCAUAUUCUUAAUUUAUUUGUCUUUCGCAUUCCUGUAUUUUAACAUGUACAGGCUGAUCAGGCCAUAAGCUCUUUAUCCAAAUGAAAAAUCAACCGGCAAUUUAUUUAGAAAUUUAAGAACCCGUUUGAAUGUAGUUCCUCUUACUCGCUCUGUCCUUCUUGUUAAAACCGCUUCUGUGGUUCUGGAGAUGUGUAGCGUGAUAUGACUCAACAGUUGCAUCAAAGGCAUGGCAGAAAUUUCACUCGACUAACCUUUGCACGUUGACAGUGAGAGAGAAAGAAAGAGUAGACUUCCAAGUAAUGAUCAUUACUGAUAUGUGCACCACUAGUCAAUAAAAAGUCUCUGCAUGAUAGUUUAACACAGCGAAGAAUGUCAGACAGGCAUAGAUACUUCUCCAAACAUUUGCAUAUAUUCAGUAGCUGUAAAUAGUCAAGUAAAGCUCAGACCCCUCUAGUUCUAGGCAUGAAUAGCUGAAUAUCUGGCUGUGCUGCUCACUAAUGUGUGCGUUUCUAUAACAUAACAUUACCGCUUUGCAACGUAACACCAAGAUAUAUACACUCCAAGAUGACAAACAGUUGACUGCAUUGUCUACAGCGUAACUAUGAGAAGUUACAUAAAGCCUGUAUAUAGUUUUUUUUUCUUUUUUUUUCUUUUUUUUUUUUUUUUGAGAGGAAGGUGAGUUUGUGAGGUUGUCCUGACAAUUAAAAUCAUUCCGAAGGUCAGUAUUUGAUGCUCAAACACUACAUUACAUGACUCUUUUCUCUUUCACACUGACUACUUUACUUUUUUUUUUUUUUUUUUUUUUUUUUUCAUUAAGUAGAUCAUUUUCUUGUUUUGUUUGUGUAUAUAUGUGUGUGAAUGAGGGAAAGAUAUGUAUUCCCUUAUUUUAACGAAUGUGAAUGGAAUAUUGGAUUAUUUGAUGCUUUGGAAAUAUCGCUAGUUGCAUGUUAUAUUGCAAAAAUGUUCCAUGUGCUGGAAAUUAACAGGAUAUUUCUAGGAUAAUUCUUGCAUUUGAUGUUUUUGUGGUUAUUUAUAAGUUAUUUAUUUAACUGCCAGAAGAAGGCUGCUGAGUAAUGGAUGAAUUGUCAUGAACAUAGUAAUAUGGUUCAUUUUAAAUUGAAAUUGUGAUAUAUUUAAAUCUAAAAAACAACAACAACAUUGACAGGCAUUUAUUUAAGCAUAUUAGGCUAAUUGCAGUAUGUAAGGACAGAUUUCUGUUUAUUAAAACUGUAUAAUAAAAAUACACACUCCACGUGGUUUCAGAUGUGAAUGUAAAAUGGUUUCACAGCUAAUUAGUUAACUCUUAACAUUCACUGAAAUGUCACGUACCCAGCGGAAAUCUCCUGUCUUGCAUGUGGAGCAAUUGAACGCUGAACUGGCUGUGAAAGUCAUGGGCUAUGAAAAAAUUGACUUGGGUGGUUUAACCCUUUUUUUUGUUUAUUUUAAUGAAAUAUGUGUGUUUAUGACUAACUUCUGCAUAAGUAAAGCUGUAGUGGAUUGAGGUGUGUAGAGUGUGUUUGGGCUUUGUAGAUCUCUUUGCAUUGUACAUUUGCAUUAAAAUGAAGUUAUAUUAUAUUCCUCUGCAGCCUGUUUGCUUUUCAUUACAAAAAUAAAAUUAGAGGAAAACAUUG